ACGAAAAUCUGCGGACGAAAAAUUGUCCGACGAAAAUCUGCUGGACGAAAAACCGUCAUGGAAUCCGAACACUUGUUUUUAUCAGGCAUGACUCGAUUCAUGAAUAUUAUUUCUUGAACUAUUCCAAGCGCAAGGUUCAAGCGGUUCAAGGGACAUUUUAGGGAUUCAAGUUACUCAAGUAAAUGCACGAAGUAAAUGUGGACUUCCCAAGGUUGUGGGCCUUCUUUUUUCAGAAACUAGCUGUGAAGAUUGUUUUACAUUCAUAGAAAACUUUCAAUCAGGCUUGGCAGGAAUUAUGUUCAGGUGAACUAGAUAAGCUUGAAGAUGGGAACCAGUGGCCUUGCUGACAGCAACAUAUGCAGGCUGUGUGGAGCAGAAUCUGAAAACACAAUUUCCAUAUUUGAUGCAGAAGAUGAGGAGCCAUUUUGCAUUAAAAUCAACAAAUAUCUUCCAUUUCAGGUGUUCGAUGACGGCCGUCACCCGCGGCGCAUCUGCAGCCCCUGUCACGGGAGUGUCUCAGCCACCCAGGUGUUCCUGGACCGGGUACUGGAGGGCCAGUACACCAUACACGCCCUGCUGCACCCGGACCGGCCAGCGCCGCCCGACCCGGCCGCCCUGUACGCUGCCGAUAACGCUCUCCGUGGCCAGCUACUCGCCGAUGAGGUGCUGCAGAAGCGCCGCAGGGGACGGCCGCGGAAGGGCGACGUCACGGCGGUCAAAGCAGCAGACCCAAAGCCAGCGCCGGCCCCGGCACCCGCCGAGCCGCCGCCGGCGCUGGACCGGUCUCGUCGCCCGCGCGGCCGGCUGCCAGCGCGCUUCCAGAACUCGGUGAAGGGCAGGGAACUGGAGCGCGUGCUGGGGGGUGCCGACGUAGCUGAGGCGGCCGGAGACGGUGACGGCGAGGGCGAGACGGGAGCGGAGGGAGAACGAGCGCCGUGCCAUGUCCGCGUGGAGGUGCUCUCUGUGCCGGGUGAGGCCGGGUCCGGCCAAGGCGGCUCCACCUCCGACCAGGACCAGCCGGAGACGCUCGAGGAGUUUCAGCCCUCCGACGCCGAGGCGGCGACCCCGUUUUCCCGCAAACGCCGGCGACAGGCGCGAUUCCAGUGUGAGGUCUGCGGCAAACAGUUCCAGAUGCAAGGCCGACUCAAGUUCCACAGGGCGCUGCACCGCGGCGUGCGUUUCGAGUGUCUGGGCUGUUCGGCGCGGUUCAAACUCGGCGCCGAGCUGGCGUUCCAUCAGACGGAGACGGGCCACACUGGACAGGGCGUGGUGGAGGGUGUGGACUCUGAGCCGCUGGCGGACCGCUCCCGCGUGCCCUGCACCGAGUGCCCGCGCUCGUUCGCCUCCAAGUGGUCCCUGCAUGUACACCAGCUGCAGCGACACAACGCCGACAAACGCUUCGAGUGUCCCACCUGCCACAAAAAGUUUGGGCAGCUCAGCCAGAUGAGGAUGCACGAAAAGUCACACACGACGCGCUCCCAGCCGCGGACAUGCGCCGAGUGCGGUAAGGAGUGUAACAGCCGCGCCGCGCUGGCUUACCACACGGAGGCGGCACACGGCACGCCCGGACGACUGUUCAUGUGCAACCUGUGUGGAAAGGGGUUCCGCAACCAGCACCUGCUCAGCAGACACGGCGCGGUGCACAUCACGGAGAGGAACUUCAAGUGCCCCGAGUGUCCGUCGUCGUUCAAGACCAAGGGUCACCUGACGAACCACAUGGUGCGCCACACGGGAGAGAAGAAGCACGCCUGUCCUCUCUGCCCACAGCGGUUCGGCCACAAAACAGCGCUGACGUUCCACAUCCGAUGGCACAAAGGUGAGAAGCCGCACGAGUGUUCGGUCUGUAAGAAGCGUUUCUCCCAGCGCGGUAAUUUGGUGGAGCACGAGCGGAUCCACACGGGAGAGAAGCCGUUCCCGUGCACCGUCUGCUCCCGGGCCUUUGCCACCAACUGCCAGCUGAGCGCGCACAUGCGGUCGCACGGCGCCGGCCGCCCGCUACUCUGCCGGCCCUGCGGUAAGACGUUCACCAGCCGGGACCGGUGGAGAGCGCACUGCCGGCUCCACGGCACUCAGCGGCCCCUGGCUUGUCCCACCUGCGGCAAACAGAUGGACAACAAGUGGACUCUGAUGAGACACAUGCGCACGCACACGGGGAAAGCGUCCCCUGCGGACGCCGGGGCCAGCUUGGUGUGCGGCGUGUGCUCGUGGUCCUGUGAGGACGCCUCCGCACUGCAGCGUCACCAGGAGGAGGAGCACACGGGCGGCGGCGACGGACCAGAGCUGCUGACCACCGGACUCGUGCAGGACACCGGUCCGCUGUUACAGCUGGACGGCAAGCCGGCCGAGUCUCAGGUGAUCUACGUGACCUGUCAGAACCCCGCCGACCCGUCCACCGUACAGCUCAUCGACGGCAUCGCCGCCGUGGGCGGCGCCCGGCCAGUACAACUCUCAGCAGACAGCGAGGUGCUACUGGAGGACGCAGCGGAUGGCGUGGUCCAACUGGCGGCCAACAAGGGCCUGGUCACCGGCGAGGGAACGCGCACCCUGGAGCUGACAACGGAGGACGGACGGAGAAUUCAGAUCACACUACAGGACGUGAAGGGUGACCUGGAGCCAGCCGAGCUCGCCGUCAAGGGUGAUUUGGAGCCAGCCGACCUGACUGCCGCCGUGGCACCUUCAGAGGUCGGCGGUGUCGGCCAGGGGGUCGAGUCGCUCCACGUCACUGCCGAGGAUACACAGGAGGUGGAUGGGUCCGCGCUGACCGGUGAGUCGGUGGACGUACUGGUCACGGCGUCCGACGGCCGUCAGUUCCGGCUGGUGACGCCGGCCGGGUCGGACCCCGUCCAGCUGGCCACCGAGUACAUCGCCGGACUCGAGUCGGCGCUGGACUGAGGUGGACUGCAAACGGUCACUACAGGAGGCGGAGGGGGAGGCGAGGAUCCCGUCCAGCUGGCCACCGAGUACAUCGCCGGACUCGAGUCGGGGCUCGACUGAGGUGGAUCCCAAGCUGUCACUAAAGGAGGGGGUGACACCAGAUGAUCAUUUACGGGAGAGGUGUCAGAGAAGCGGUGAUCUGUUUUCGAAUGGUGGCUGACGACGUUUAUAUAUCGAAUGAUCUCGAAUUAAUUGGACUUCUUGAGCCGUGCGUGGUUUGAUGCUUACGCAGCGGUCGUAGUCUAUCGCUCGUAUUAACUGCGAUUUGUGCUUUCAUUGUGUUUUUGUCGUUAUUGCUGGUGCUGUCCGUUUAUGCGAGGAUAUCGAUGAAUAUAUAUUUUGUUUUGUAA